CUGAGGUUAUUCAUUCGAUACAAUGCUAGUCGAUUCAGUGUGUCGGACGCGUGGGACCCUCGUUUUCUGGUAGACGAUGCUCUUGCGUCCGCUUCGGCAGCUCGUGUACUCGCAGCACAUGCAGCCAGUAAUACCAGAGAAGAGGUGAUAAUGCCUCCAGUAAACCCUGCACCGACCAAGAAUGGACGUGUUCAAGCUUUGCAACGACUUGCUAUUCAGAAAGAUCCAUUGCCUUCUUCACUCAACAAUAUACCUGUACAAAGUGUUAAUCCUAUGUAUCCAAAGCUACCAGAGAUUUCUGGCGACCAAGUUCGUGCAACUAUCACUACAACAAAGUCUUCAUCGCAAGGUGGUGAGCGGGAUCAAACACGAUUUGAACGGCUUCGUCGUUUAUUCUCUGCGGGCAAGACGGGUGAUAGGAAUUCUCCUGUAGCUGAUAUUGAUAUGGAGAAACUUCGGAAAGAUUGUUGGAUGGGAAUCCCACACAAACUGCGUCCUCAUGCCUGGCGGCUGCUAUCAGGAUAUCUUCCGACUAAUUAUGAGAGGAGAGAGGUCACUUUGGCAAGCAAGAGGGAGCUAUACUGGCAUUAUGUUGAACAAUACUUUCAUCUCAGGUUCGACGACCAGAACAAUGACACUUUCAGACAGAUACAUAUCGAUAUACCGAGGAUGUGUCCUUUAAUACCACUUUUCCAGCAGAAGUUGGUACAAGAGAUGUUUGAAAGAAUACUGUAUAUUUGGGCUAUUCGUCAUCCUGGAAGUGGUUACGUCCAAGGAAUAAAUGAUCUUGUUACCCCGUUUUUUGUGGUCUUCUUAUCGGAAUUCAUUCCACAGGACGUCGAAGUCGGAUCCUUUGAUGUUUCACAACUUACGCGAGAACAAUGCGACUUGGUAGAGGCAGACUCGUUUUGGUGUGUAUCAGCACUUCUGGACUCCAUUCAUGAUAACUACACAUUCGCUCAGCCUGGAAUCCAGAGAAAAGUUUUGCAACUUAGGCACUUGAUGAGCAGAGUUGACCGACCUCUGCAUUUACACUUGGAAUCAAAUGGAAUCGAAUAUUUACAAUUUUCUUUUCGAUGGAUGAAUAAUCUUUUGAUGAGAGAAAUUCCCCUUCGUGCUACUAUACGCCUUUGGGACACGUACUUGAGUGAACCUGACGGUUUUUCACAGUUCCAUAGUUAUGUAUGUGCAGCGUUUCUGCGUACCUGGUCACGAAAACUUCAAGCCGAGCGCGAUUUCCAGGGAAUUAUGAUCCUGUUGCAGAAUCUUCCAACACGAUGUUGGGGUGAUCGAGAGAUCUGUGAAUUAACAGCUGACGCCUUUUCUUUGAUGUCCGUAUUUGACGGCGCAAGGCGUCAUCUCGCUAACCAUGCAUCACCCAGGGCCACAUAG